AUGGGCCAUUGGUUUUUAUCGAACAUUCCAUGGAAGUCAUUGAAAGUUUAUAUUGUACUUGUGCUUGUAAUUUUACUUUUUAAUGGAGUGGAACGUACUCCAUUCAUAGUAGUUAUUCUAGGAGGAUGUUUUUUCGUGGUUUAUAUUCCAUUCUAUUAUUCUUGA